AUGUUCGUUGCAAGCAAUUCCAAAGCGAAGUUGUUCUCUUUGAUGCCUGUCGGCCUAACAAGCAGCAACAACCACAACAACAACAAUAAUAGUAAUAAUAAUAAAAAGAGCGAGAAUGAUAAUUAUGAUAAUGAUUGGAAGUUCAAGAAGCUACCAUUUAAAGUUUUCGCUCAUAAAUUGUCUCGAAGAAAUGAAAAUGUGACGCCACCACCACCACCACCACCACAUCUUCACGCUUGCACGACUUUCCCGCCAAUAAACACAAUUUCUCCAACAUUGAUAAGAACGUCCAACUGCAAACGUUACUUCAUAAGCUUCAACGAAAAAAUUUUCAACAACAUCAACAACAUCAACGUCAAUUACAAAAUAUUCAACCGCACCAGCCACAGAAGCUACGAUUACAGCCACCGAGUCACCUUAGCAAAUUGUAUUAUGAUGAACAAUUUAAAUCGCAACCGACAAUUCCGAAAAAUAUUUAUUCAACAUUGUCGCUGGAGCAACAUCGUCAAUGUCAACAACAACAACAUCAACAACAACAACAUCUACAACAAUAUCAUCAACAACAGGAUCUACAACAUCAACAACAUCAUCAACAACCGCAUUCACAACAAGAACAACAACAUGAACAUCACUAUCAAAGUCAGCGUAAAUCAUCCAAAGAACAAUCUUCAGUUGGACAGCUUGCAAACAAGCAGCAGAGGUUUCAGCAUUCUAGUAAACAACAGCAUCAACAACUACAACAACAACAUCAACAACUACAACAACAACAUCAUCAACAACAAUAUCAACAACAUCAACAUCUCCAUCAACAACCACAUCAACAACCACAUCAACAACAGUAUCAACAACAUCAUCAACAACAUCAACAGUUAUACCAACAAAUACAACAUCAACAACAUCAACUACAGCAUCAGCCUCAACAACAACAACAAAAUCAACGACAACAUCAGCAUUUACAUUACCAAUUACACAGAGAACAACGAAAGCCACAACAAACGAAGCAACAGCAUCUCAUCCGACAACAGCCAUCUUUCUUUUGCAACAAAACCAAACGACAACAUUUUAAAUAGCCAACUCAACAACAUCAACAGCAAAUCAGACAUCAACAACAAAUACAUCAAUCCAACCAACAACACAAACAACGACAUCAACCACAACAUUAACGACCAUUACAACAACAACAUCUUGAGAACUGUCUCGUUACUGGAGGACUCGGGGGCGGUGGGCAUGCGGUUGAUCCUCCACAAACUUUCCAUCACCACCCUGCCAUUUGCAGUGCAGCCGACCGACGAUGGCAGGCAGGUUCGCUGUUCGGUGCUUGCCGCCCAGCCGUUCAACCUGCACCACUUCAUCUCAUACAACCUCGUCGUCCUUUGUGAGUUUGAUUCGUCUUUCUUUUUUUCGUUUAAUUCUGUCACUUUUCCUCUAAAUGGAAUGAAUUUCUGA